UCAGAAACGAGGCUGCAGAGAGCACGAUGGAGAUCAACAGCGGAUCUUCCUUCCAGGAGGCAAGCCAGGAGGAAAAGUGUGUCCUUGCUGCCCACUACGGGCCAGAGCUGGAGGUGCCGGCAAGAUCCCAGCUACCCAGCAGAAAGAAGGAACAGAGACGUCGCUCGCAGCAGCUGACGCAGGAACACCCCGCCAACGUUCCCUCUGGCCUUGGUGACCUGGUCCUUGCAGCUGAGUGGAUGAAAGAUACCAGCGAGUCCCACUGUCACCAGGACAGCACAGAGGUGGCUGCGUUACGUGACCACAACACAUACUGUAUACCCCAGGAAGCCGAAACAUUGAAAAGCCUUGUGAGGGAAUUAAAGGAUACGGUGCAUCGCCAGAGUGAGCUCCUGUUUAGCCUGCAGGGGGCGCUGGAAGCCAGCCAGAAAGAAUGCCAGGCAUUGCAGGAGAAAGUGGAUGCUGAGAACUGGGCUCUCCUCUCCAACCUCAGAGAGCACGUCUCCCAGCUGGAGACAGAGAACCGAAACCUGCGCUGUGAGCGGGACCAGCUCGAGGCUACAGUGCAACGCCUGCGGAAAGAGCUGGAUGCCAGCGGUGCCACCGUCCUCUCCUUGAGCAGGCAGCUGAGGGGCCAGCACAGGACUCAGGCUCCCCAUGGGGCCUUCUCUCUCGAGAGCGUCAAGGGAGAUGCCAAGUGGCUGAGGUUCUACACCAGCUUCGACGAAUACCCCCGCCUCACCGCCUUUUUGGACUUCCUCCUGGAUGGCAAGCGGGAGGAGGGGAGCCCAGAAAGUGGGUCCCACAGCGCCCUCAGCCCCGAGAACCAGCUCUUCUUGGUGCUUGUCCGUUUGCGCCUGGGCCUGCUCCUUCAAGACCUAGCGUUCCGGUUCCACAUCUCCGAAUCCACAGCCUCUCGGUACUGGCUUAGCUGGACAGAGUUCAUGGAGCGGAGGCUGAAACAGAUUCCAGUCACCUGCAGCCAGCGGUACGUGGACGCCUUCAAACCACAGCGACUCAUCCAACAUCAUGACAUGUCGCUGGUGACUCUGGACUGUGCCGAGUUUUUUUUCGAAGCCCAGGGGCGGACGCGAGGCAGAGAUACACCCCAGGGUCCGAGGGCCCGGUACUCCAUGUCUGGCUGUGCUCUGGCUGCGCCCAGCGGCUUCCUGACUUUUGGCACAGGAACUGGUGAGGAGCUGCCCACGCUGCCCCCAUUCCUGCAGGCAGGACCUGUGGAGCUGACGGCCCAACAGGAAGCCACUAAGAGACAAGUGCUGAGCUUACGCAGCCUGACAGACAAGGCCUUCAGCUUUCGCUUCCUGCGUGUUGUCCACCCCCAGAACAUGGAGGGCCAAGUGGGCAGGGCCUGGAUUAUCUCCUGUUACCUGGCCUGUCUGCUGCAUGAACCCAUGGGGCUCCCCUAGGGCAAGGCCUCCUCAGUGUACUUCUCUUCAGUCCUAUACUUAGUCAAAAGCUGCUACCAUAGCCUCUGCUCCAGUCAGUGGAUGCUUGUCUGGGACCUAUUUGGUGGGUUUUGUCCCUUGACCUGGAACAAGCACCUCCUUAGAGCACUUGUGCUAUUUUCCUUGGCCAUCAGGGAUAAUCACCCAGCAACCCAUCCACAAACUCCUGCAAUCUCCUGGUGGACCACCAACCCAAUUGUAGGCCAGAUUUUAUUGAUCCCCUCUUCUAGAGAUCCCAGGAGACCUGGUUCUUGCUACCAGCCCCUCCUUUCUCAAGCAGACAAUUCCCAAAGGCAACAUGGCAGGAUCCCACUUUCAUUUUGUUUGUUCCUGGUUGCAGCUGCUUCUAAAAUCUCAAGUUAGAAAUGGCUUUCUGGAAUUUACACCUUUCAGAUGUUAUGAAGGCACACACACACCCGCCACCCAUAGGGAGAAAAAGAAAAAUGGUCAGCAGCUUAAUUGACCAAGGCCUAGUUCUCAGUAGGGAUGUGCAUUUCGUUUCGGAUACAAAACGUUUUGUGCACAAAACAGGCCAUUUCGGCUGUUUUGUAGCCAAAAAACAACACCCAAUGCUCAAAACAGAAAAUUUUGUAGCCAAAACAAAAUGUCCCUGUUUCGGAUACAAAACAUCUUGUAGUUUUGGCUGUUUUGGAACUCCAUUUUGCAAUCGUAAAAAGUCUUUCUCCUUCAGUCUCCAUUUUGAGUUUUGACAUCUGUUUGAAUUUCCAGCCCUUCCAGCCCGCAGAUUGGCCAGCAAAAGCAUUAGCUGAUCUGCUGGCAAUUGCCUCCUUAUUCCUUUUAAGCAAAUUUAAGGGUAAAUUUUACCCUCAUUGGCUAGUGGGGCAGUGUGCAUUUACCCUCAUUGGCCAGUGGGGCAGUGUGCAUUUCAUUGUUGUUGUUUCACACUGUUGUGUGUAGAUCAAUUGCAUUUCAGGCAGGGGGGAUGUGGAUGUGCAUGACCUUUGGAAAUCUACCUGAUUUUCUUCCAAAGCUCUGCUGUUGUUGAUGUGUGAUGUUGAUGUUAUUUGGGGUGGAUUCAGGGCAGAAAGGAGGCUUUGGGGGCAGAAGAGUGGUUCAGGUGGUAGUGCCCCAAUGGGUGCCUGCUGCCACCCAGAUUCCAAAGGAAUUGGGGAAAGGGCUUAUUUUUAAAGAAUUUUUGAAGUUGACAUGUCUUUGGGGCAGAAAGGGGGCCUGAGGGGCAAAACAGUGGGUUGGGUGGCAGUGCCCCAAGGGGUGCCUGCCACAACCCAGAUUCCAAAGGAAUAGGGCAAAGGGCUGAUUUCUUAGGAAUUGUUGAUGUUUACGCUUCUUUAAGGUUCCCCCUCCCCCCCGGGAAUAAUUGAGGUUUCAGCAGACCCAUAACUCCACCUGGGGGGCACUGGGGGGGCUGGGAGCAAGUGGUGGUGUAAUGCACAUAGGGUGCUAACCCCUGGGGUGCUGGGUUCUGUUGUUUCUGAGGUGUUCUGAGUGUAGAUUCUCUGGUAGCAUAUCAGAUUUUCAAUGACAAACCAUGAAUCCACUCUCAUAUGCUACCAGAGAAUCUGGAUCUACACUCAAAACAUCUCAGAAACAACAGAACCCAGUACCCCAUGGGUUAGCAACCCAUGUGGGUGGUUGGCACCCUACGUGCUCUACACCACCACUCACUCUGGGCCACUCUGGUGCCCCCCAGGUGCAGUUAUGGGGAAGAACUUUACAGACGCACAAACUCCAUUACAUCUUUAAAAAUCAGCCCUCUGCCCGAUUCCAUUGAAAUAAUUCUGGCAGCUUCCUUGCCCCCACUGGACACUACCACCCACCCUACUCUGCUCUGGGCCACCCCUUUCCCCCCAACAUGAAGCUAUACUUUUGCUGAAACCUCCAUUCUUCCCUAUGGGAAAAAUCCUAUACUUCAAAAAUGCACCAAAAAUCAGCCCUUUGCCCAAUUCCUCUGAAACUUGGGUGGUAGUUUCCACCCAUCGGGCACUACCACCCCACCCACUAGUUUUUCCUUGAGGCCAUUUUUAAAAAUCCGAAACGUUUCGGAUUCGGAUUUUGCAAUUUCGAACAAAGAACAAAAUUGGGGUGUUUCAGAUUGGCUGAUUUUGAACAAAGAACAAAAUGGGGGUUUUUCGGAUUCGGGCCAAAAACAAAACAGAAAAAAAUACAAAACGCACAACCCUAGUUCUCAGGCAUUUUCUUCAUGUUUGGAAACAUACCGCAUUUGCAACAUGUUUCAUACCUCACCAGGACACACACCCUCAUCCGCCCACCCUUACUAUCAUACUUUAAGUAAAUGUAGAAUAUCACUGGAACACCUUGCUAAGGUAUCAUCAAUAAAGACUGUGGAAAAACUUUACUGA